GAGACCACUUUACGACGGUCCUUUUACAAUUUGACAUGAUCUUAAUAGUCGUUAUUGCGUUUCUUAGGGAAAAAACUUGCCAGUGAAUAGUUUCUAAGUCAAGAAAACCGUUGAAAAUUAGGAAAAAUGAGGGAAAAGAAAAUUUCACAGGUUAGCCAGAUGUCUAGGAGCUUGAGUAAACAGGAGGAGCUACUCAAUGUUCAAACGCAGUAUUUUCUUAAGUUAGACGAAAUAAAAUUGACGAAAAAAGAAAGAUUUAAAAAGGCGAUAUACGAUCCCAAAACGAAGAAGGUGUUUGGAAGAACGAGUAUUAGUUGGGCCAAAAUUGGUCUCUUUUACUUAAUCUUCUAUGGAAUGUUAGCAGCUUUGGUAGCAGUAUGCAUGUGGGUAUUUUUCCAGACUCUUGAUCCUAGAAUACCGAAGUGGCAGCUAGAUGAAUCACUAAUAGGUACCAAUCCGGGUUUGGGUUUCCGUCCUAUGCCUGAGAAAAACGAAGAAAGUACGUUAAUAUGGUUCCAGGGCUCCAACAAGACGAGCUAUUCUUACUGGGUCGAGAACAUUUUAAAAUUUUUGGAUAAGUACUACGUUCCCAGCAAAAUAGCUAAAGGAAAUGGCCAAAUUAAAACAUGCUCUCAUCACGACUAUCCUACUAGUGGAGAAGUAUGCGAAGUCGAUGUCAGAGAUUGGGAAGAAUGCAACAGGGAUCAAUUCUUUAAUUAUCACAAGAAUUCUCCAUGUAUUUUUAUUAAAUUGAACAAAAUAUAUAACUGGGAGCCAAUGUAUUACGAUGAUCCAUACGAUUUACCUGAGGAAAUGCCGGAUAAUCUGAAGCAACAUAUAAGGGGUAUCAACAAUACUAGAGAGUUGAGAAACGUUUGGGUCUCAUGUCAAGGAGAAAAUCCUGCUGAUGUAGAAUACUUGGGCCCCAUUACAUACUAUCCCCGAAGCGUACAGGGCUUCCCUGGUUACUAUUUUCCGUACUUGAACUCUGAAGGUUACCUAAGUCCUUUAGUAGCAGUUAAAUUUGAAAGACCAGUGGCUGGUAUCGUUAUUAACGUAGAGUGCAGAGCCUGGGCAAGGAACAUACUUUACAACAGAGCCGAUAGAACGGGCUCUGUGCAUUUCGAGCUGCUAAUUGAUUAAAUAUUAUUUUACCCAAUUGGACAAUAGAAGAAUCCUUCAGGACUUUUUAAUUCAAAUAUUAUAUAGUAAUAGAAAUGUUGCCUUAAAAUAGGGGCCUUUUAUAAAAUAGCCGAUCGAUCACAUAAGUUAAGCUAUAAGAAGUACAUUCCAAUAUGAACCAACCAUACCAAAUAUUUUUAUACAUUUUAUAAAUUUUAUAUAACUUUUUUAAAUCUUACUGAAAUUAUCCUUUUUGGCAUCUCAUUGUUGCAAUUUUUGUUUCUAGAAUUAAAAUAUAUUGUGUUCUAUAUUAAUUUUAAAGUGAUGUAUAUAUUUUUGUAGAAGUAGAAAUAUUUUGUUUUUGUUGUGUGUAUCUUAUUGAGACAGCUAAUUUUGUAAUAAUAAAAUAAAGUAUACCAAUAAUAUUUUAUACUU